AUGGAGGCCCUUCCUGCUCUACGAAGAAGUGCUUUGGCACAAUGUCGGCGCCCAGUUCGCCGAGUGUCUCCAAUUUACCUCGACUUCCUUGCCCCAAUGGCCAUGCGUUCUCAAUGCCGACAUGCCUCUAUCGGAUCCUCCGGGAGCUCAAAGCCUCGAUACGUCCUCAGCCCGCAGCAGCGCGAGUUUCUAGACAGUGCGUUGCGCGUCAACCAAGCGGGCGAACUUGCUGCAACCCUCAUCUAUACCGCCCAGAAUCCCCAAGUCGUCCGAUCCCACCCACACCUCCGGCCCUUGAUGAAGCACAUGUACGACCAGGAAGCAGGACACCUGAAAACAUUCAAUCAACUAGUCGCGAAGCAUGAGAUCCGUCCAACUGCGAUGUACCCACUAUGGGAAGUUAUGGCCACCUUUCUCGGAUGGUCUACCGCCGCCCUAGGUCGCGAAGCCGCCAUGGCCUGCACGGAAGCAGUGGAGACCGAGAUCGGAUCACAUUACAACGAGCAAGUUCGAGAGAUUCUGUCAUGGGAAGCCGAUGCUGAACGACGAGGAGAGGAGUUGGAUGAUGAAUUGAAGGAGAUGUUGUCCACAUUCCGACGCAUUCGCGAUGAAGAGCUUGAGCAUCUGGACCAUGCAGUGGCCAAUGAUUCCAAAGAAGCCAAACCGUAUGACCCGCUCGUGGAUGUCAUUCGUCUCGGUUGCCGAGCUGCUAUUAAGAUCAGUGAGAAGGUCUGA